AUGCUCCGCCGAAAACCCACAGCUAUAACCCUCACCACCGAAGACGUAGCAAUCUAUGAAGACGCGCGCGCCCGCGAAGCACUUUUGCGUGAUGAGUUGAGGUCGUUGCCGGGGGAUAGGGCGAAGCAGCAGGUGAAAAGUCGAGAGGAAAGAUUGGGAUUAGUUGGUGGGGGAGGGAAUUCUAGGGGAUAA